GAGGUGAAAUAAAAAAAAAAUUGUCACCAUUUGGAUGCACAAAAAUGAUAAAAAGAUUGUGGCCCAUUUGGGGAUAACCCCUCCUGUGUGAUUUUUUUCUGGCCUUCCACCGCAGCUUGCAUCUCUGGUAGAUUCCCAGCGAGUCGAUCGAGGAGCCUCCAAAUGCGGUUUCCCCCUACUUCUAAGGAGGAGAUAUUACCGCUUAGCAGGGCAGCCCGACAUAUUUCCCCCCUUUUCGCCGCAUCAGGUGGGUGCUCCCAUGUAGGGAGUAGCCACCCUCCCCCCGCCUACCAACACGCACACGUAAAGCAGCUCCAUUUUCGCGUAUUCCCGCCGAUCACCGAUCGACCCGCUUGCGGAAAGACUCCACCACCUUUGAGAAGCACAAAAUGCGAGUGAUCAUCCAGCGGGUUAAAAAUGCCGCUCUCAGUGUAACCAAAGAAGGCAGCAGCGAAACGGAAAAGCAGCUGGAACUGUUUAGCGAAAUACAAAAUGGAAUCAUCUGCUUCGUGGGAAUACACAAAAACGACAGUUGGAAGGACGCGCAGUACAUCAUUCGAAAGUGUCUGAACCUGCGACUGUGGCCAGACGGUAACAAAAGUUGGGAUAAAAGUGUAAAGGAUUUAAAUUAUGACGUUUUGGUUGUCUCUCAGUUUACCCUCUUUGCUAACACCAAGAAGGGAAGCAAACCGGAUUUCCACCUUGCCAAGGAACCCAAAGAAGCGCUAACUUUAUAUAACAAAAUGGUCGAGCAAUUUGUUAAGGACUACAGACCUGAGAAAAUAAAAACCGGCAAAUUCGGCUGCUACAUGAACAUCCAAGUGACUAAUGAUGGGCCUGUUACCAUUUUUAUUGACAGCCACGACGUCAAUUUGGCUGGCUGACUUGGAGGGGGAGGCGGUGCGCCCAGAAAAAAUGAUCGCCCUGUGUGUGCAUCUGCGCGCAAUGUUACAUUCUGCUGCUUUGUUAUU